AUGCUACCUGGUUACCCAACCCUCGGUAGGUGGAACGGGGAUCGGACCUGUGACCCAUUGACUACAACAAUGAAUGAUGUUAAAGAAAAAGAUUUGGAUGAGAUUGCUGUAAAGAACUUUGUUUCAUACAUUCAGUUUGCUACAGUCCAUCCAAACCCGAAUUAUCGACCUGCAGUUGAUUGGCUUGUCAGUUUAGGUAAGGAGUUACAACUUGAAUGCAGUGUGGUUGAACCUGUUGCUGAUAAUCCUAUUGUUAUCAUGUGUUGGAAAGGAUAUCAGCCGGAACUACCUGCAAUUAUGCUUAACUCUCAUAUGGAUGUAGUACCAGUGGUGCAAGAGAAGUGGUCAUUUCCACCGUUCGGUGGCGUAAUUGCUUCAGAUGGCAAAAUAUACGGUCGAGGAACUCAGGAUAUGAAGUCUAUUGGUAUUCAACAGCUAGAGGCUGUUAGAAGACUGAAAUCCCGCGGUUAUCAACAAUUACGUCGCACAGUUUACCUGACGUUUGUGCCCGAUGAAGAAUUGGGUGGUGCUAAAGGGAUGAAACCUUUCGUAGGCAACCUUACCGAAUUUAAAGGAAUGAAGUUUGCAGACAUGAAUAUUGGUUUUUGUUUAGACGAAGGUAUACCAAGUUCAUCAGAAGACUAUCUAGCAUUUUAUGAUGAACGUCGGCCAGUGUGGUUGAAUGUAUACUUCUAUGGGAAUGCUGGUCAUGGCCUAGCUUUAAUUGAAAAUACUGCAGCUGAGAAAUUUCGAAUUUUCCUAAAUCACAUUUACUGUUUUCGUAAAGAGGAACAGUUACGAUUGGAGAAUUCGCAAGGCAAAUUAACACUAGGCGAUAUAACAACGGUGAAUAUGACAAUGGUAAAUGGUGGUGUACAACACAAUGUCGUACCUGAAAAGUUGUUAGCAUCAUUUGACAUCCGGUUGACACCAUCCUUGUCUUUGGAUAGUUUGAAGGAGAAGUUGAAUCAGUGGGCAAUCAGUGCUGGGGGGCAAAUCGAGUUUGAAUACUCUAAUACUGGUGUCGAUUUAAAACAAUCAGUUGUCUUCCCAAAUGAAUCAAGUAAUCCAUGGUGGUUUACUUUAAUUGAUGUAUGUUCAAAGUAUGGUAGUAAAGUUCAGAAAAGAGUUUUUCCUGGUGGUACAGAUGCCAGAUUUGUUCGUGAAUACCACCUACUUCCACACGCAACCAAUGUUAAGCCAAUAGAAGCAAUUGGAUUUUCCCCAAUUAGAAAUACACCAGUUCUAUUACACGAUCAUGAUGAGUAUUUGCAUAAGUCAGAAUUCAUACGUGGAUGUCGUAUAUACACUGAUCUUGUUCAAGCUCUUGGUGAAUUACCUUGAGGCUAUAUGUCGUAUUAUUUUAUUUUCAAUUAAUCAUGAUAACAUAAAUCCUUUCUGAUUGUAAGAAAAAAAACAAAUUUUCGUAGUAUUGUUUCUUUAUUUUGAUUCUUUUAUACUGUUUUUAAUUAUCCGCUGAAUACAGUGUAUAGUGUGAU